AUUUUCCUGCACCUAACCUAACCUGUUUUCACCGCGAUCGUUUCAUUUUCAUCAGUAUCAUCAAUUAAGGUUUUAUAAAACUUGAAGAUAACAUGGAUUAUUUAGAAGAGCAAAAAAAUGAAAUAGAAGCCCUUGAAUCAAUAUACUAUGGAGAUAUCAAAAUUUUAGAAACUGAACCCAAAUACAGAUUUACCAUUCCAAUUAAGUCUGAGGACUAUGAAGAAGAUACGAACAAUGGGAUGGCAUGCGAUUUAACAUUCACGUACACAGAAAAGUACCCUGACGAAGGACCAAUAAUUGAAAUAGAAGAUCCCGUUAACUUUUUACAAAACAAUGAAAAAGAAUUGGAAGAGUUCCUACAAGGCCAAGUUCAAGAGAAUUUGGGUAUGGUGAUGAUUUUCACCCUUGUUUCAUCGGGCCAGGAAUGGCUCAGUUUGAAAUGGGAAAAUGUGAAGAAAGAGAGGGAGGAGAUUGUAGCUAGAAAGUUGAUGGAAGAGGAAGAAGCAGAAAGAAAAAGGUUUGAAGGUACUAAAGUAACAGUUGAGACUUUCAUGAAAUGGAAGAUGGCAUUUGAAGAUGAAGUAGGAAUAACGAAAAAACGGGAAAUAAUAGAGAGGGAAGGCAAAAAGCUCACCGGCAGAGAAUUGUUCAUCCGUGAUAAUACUUUGAAUGAGUCUGAUCUUAAAUUCUUGGCAGAUGGGGAAUCUGUAAAAGUGGAUGAAUCGUUAUUCCAAGAUUUAGAAGACUUGGAUUUAGAUGAUGACGAUGACGAGGAUGAUGAAGACUUUGAUCCCGACAAUUGUGAUAGCGAUGAUAGUUGAUAAACGCAGCAUGAAUUUAAUUAGUUUUUCUAUGAAUAACAUAAUUUUUAAUUCUUAGAAUUUCUAAUUUAUCGAAAAGUAUUUGGGGGUACUAAAACUCAGAUUUGUACUCGGCAGAUAAAGAUUUUUCAUUAGACCAUACUUUCCAUUUUUUGAAUUUGUUAACUUCACAAAUUGUGUACUAUAUCCUGUAAGUUGGUCUCAAUAAAUUAUUCCAUCGAUUCUUA